CAAAAUCACUAUCCGUCAGCAUUUUAUCACGACAAAGAUGGACACUAGUACCGUGUAAAAUAGGGGAAAUAGUCAGUUGUCCGUCAUCAGCAGAACUAGCAGUCAAGUCCAGUUAUGAGGAACAUUUUAAUAUUUUCGCUCCUGGUCGCUUUCGCCACAGGAGCACCGCAAGAUAUUUCUGACCGCAUCGCGGGCGGAAGUCUAGCAGUUGAAGGCGAGUUUCCCUACAUCGCUUCUAUUCAGCUUGAGCGUCGCCACUUUUGCAGUGGUUUUAUCUACAAUGAGCGAUGGAUUUUAACAACAGCCUCCUGUGUUUACGGACUUUUACCAACUCAGUUGGAUGUUGCUGUGGGCAUCAUAAGCUUUUCAGAACCCUCCGCUCAACAGCAGAUAAUUGCAGUGUCGUCCAUUUCCAUCAACGAUCAGUAUGACCCGUUAACUAAAAUGAACGACAUCGCCUUACUAUCCCUUUCGCGGCCCGUAGUGUUCGGUACUGCUGUGCAGACCAUACGGUACGACGAAGUGGAUGAAACAAUAAAUACAGCCGUUACCAUGGGAUGGGGAGCAACAACGGAGGGUGGCCUAGAAACCUUGAAGCUUCGUAAGACAGAGCUCACAAUGCCAGCUGAUUGCUUAAGCUACGGUUCGAUAGAAUUCGACAAUAAUUACAUGAUUUGCGCUGGCAGUGAUGUUUCGAGUCCGUGCCAAUAUGACGAAGGAUCUCCAUUGGUACAAAAUGGUAUUGCUGUGGGGGUUAUGUCCAAAAAUCAAGGCUGUGGGGUUCCUUACGUUCCAAGCAUUUUUACUCGAUUAUCUGUCUAUUACUAUUGGCUUAAUGUCAUCGCAGGACAGCAGCCAUUACCAACUGCCACAACAACAACGAAACCAACGACCACUACUACUAUUGUUGUUCCGACCGCUCCCUGUAUUAAUUGUGAGACUCCCCCACCAACUACCACCACGAUAGUGAUCCCAACAGCUCCGUGUCUGAACUGUGAGACUCCCCCACCAACUACCACCACGAUAGUGAUCCCAACAGCUCCGUGUCUGAACUGUGAGACUCCCCCACCAACUACCACCACGAUAGUAAUCCCAACAGCUCCGUGUCUGAACUGUGAGACUCCCCCACCAACUACCACCACGACAGUGAUCCCAACAGCUCCGUGUCUGAACUGUGAGACUCCACCAACGACAACUGUUGCCCCGAUUGUUCCUACAGCACCUUGUUUGAAUUGCGAGCCCGCUCCUGAAACUACUACCGUUCUAGUCGUUCCAACGGCUCCUUGUAUCGGCUGUGAUGCCUAGGCCGUCGUAAUUGCCUAGUUUAAUAUCGAUGCAUCGGCUAAUUUGCAUAUGAAUAUCUAGAAUUUAUAGUGCGCUAACCAAGCAAUAGUUCCAAGUAAAAACGAAAAAAGAAUUGUAGAGUAGUAAUACAAUAUAGCCUCAUCAAAGCGUCCACGUAUAGUAGGCUACUGCUAUGUAGCGGUGUUCUCCUUAUUUAACAACGAAAUAAACGCCCAGACAGUGUCCUUGUAGGACUUUUAAAGUAA